AGGUUCAACUAGCUGCUAUGCUAUCAAACAGGUUGCUUAGCCUGGAUAGCCAGCCCACUGUUGAGCUACACUAAUUCCUGCAGGGAGUCUUGACAGCACAUGGAGGACCGAGUGAAGAUGCGGACAUGUGACUGCGUAUAGGAAAACCUGAAUAUGGACAAGGAGAGCAAAGUAUCCUCUGCUGUCCAGUCUUUUGACCACACACAACAGAGGAGACUGAGGAAGGGGCCUGCUGAGCACCACACAACCUCAUCACCGCCUCUGAUCUUACCUAAUCCUUAUGUGUCCGACCAGAGUUUAAAAGGGAACCGGUCUGGUGUGAGCCCAAAGCAGAGUCCAUCCAAUACAAACGGAGUGCCAGCAGGAAGAGGAGGAGAUGUGUCGAGGAGUCAUGGCUACAGCAGCAGCCGGCGCGUUCGAGAGGCCAGCAAUGAUUUCCUGCAGAGAGACAGGUCUGCACGGGAUCCACAAGCAAAGACAUCAAAAAGCAACAAUGACUCAAAUGCUCAAGGCAGAGUUAUGGGCAAGAACUCACUGGAUGCACAGAGAAAAGGUUUUAGAGGCGCUCGACCUACCCCGAACUCUGCAGGGAAGUCAAAACCUGCACAGGCCGAUUUGGUCCCGUUUGAAGUGAAGAUGACUGAUUUCCCGGAGCUGGCUGGUGUUCCUCUGGGCAAAGCAGGCCCUCCUCUUGUUCAGAGAGAGUGCUGGGGUCCAACUCCUCCACCCACCAACCCUCAAACACAAACAUCUGUAUUUUCCUGGAAGUCUGGCAGGAGAGGAUCCCCAACACAGCCUGACCCCCAACAAAUUGCCACUAAGCCAGAUUCCUCUGCUGCUUCAUCAAGUCAGACAGUGGUGACUUCCUGGGCUAACGUUGCCUCUCAACCUCCAAAGAAACCUGUCCCUAAAGAGAAGACAAUCAACAGCAAUCAGAUGCAGACGGACGACAUUCUUGCACAACAGGAAGACGGAGCUCCGGGGAAGAAAAAGCGGAAGAAGAAGAAGAAGAAAGCUAAAGGAGCUGGUGAAGACGUAGAAGCUGAGUCAGAAGGGCCACCAACUUAUCAAGAGCCUCCAAAAUUUGAGGAUGAAGAGGAGUUUCCAGGCUUGACUGUUGCUUUUACUGGGAUCGACAGAUUCUUAACAAGCAGCAAUGCAGCAAAACUAUGCAAUGAGGAAAACCAAAGAGAAGGUGUGCAGCAUCAGUCUGCUGACCAAACAAAGGAAAAAUCACCUUCAGCAAAAAGCCAGCCCACAGAGACGGCUAAAAAAGGACAGAAAGCUGAAAAGGCAUCUGGGAAGAAGAGCAAAGUCCCUGUUCAGCUAGACAUCGGAAACAUGUUGGCCGUGCUGGAAAAGAAGCAACAAUCUCAAAAAGCUAAGCAGGAUGCCAAGCCAGUCAUUCUCUCAGUUGGUGGAGGACUACCUGUUGUCCAGAAGCAAGCAUUAAUACAGAAGAAGCCGCCUUGGCAGCAGGAUAAAAUUGCACACAAUCCCCUGGACUCCACCAGCCCUUUGGUGAAGAAAGGCAAGCAGAGAGAGGUGCCCAAAGCCAAGAAACCCACUCCUCUCAAGAAGGUCAUUUUGAAAGAAAGGGAGGAGAGGAAACAAAGACGUUUGCUGGAGGAGAGAGGACUGCUGCCUGAAGAUGAGUUCCAACCUGCUAAUGAUGCUGCAGAAGAAGAGCAGUGUGACACAAAUGCCACAGAUGAGGUUGGGAGUCCUACAGAGGAACUUGAUGACCAGCUAGAGUUAAAUGACACAAACCAGAUGGUGAAGGAGGGUGAUGAAGAGAACGACAAAGAUGAGACCGUAGAGCGACAAACCACCUCACCUGUGCCCUGCCCGGCCAACCGACCCAAAAUCCACAGCAGAAAGUUCAGAGACUACUGCAGCCAGAUGCUGAGUAAAGACGUGGACGAGUGUGUGACGGCUCUGCUAAAGGAGCUGGUUCGUUUCCAGGACCGACUGUACCAGAAGGACCCCAUGAAGGCCCGCAUGAAAAGACGCAUUGUGAUGGGGCUCAGAGAGGUCCUGAAGCACCUCAAACUCAGGAAGGUCAAGUGUGUCGUCAUUUCACCCAACUGUGAACGCAUCCAGUCCAAAGGAGGCCUGGAUGAAGCUCUUUACACCAUCAUCGACACUUGUCGUGAACAGGGGGUGCCAUUCGUGUUUGCCCUCUCCAGGAAAGCUUUGGGUCGCUGCGUCAACAAGGCAGUGCCUGUCAGCCUGGUGGGCAUCUUCAACUACGAUGGUGCACAGGAUGUCUAUCAUAAGAUGAUCGAGUUGUCGUCUGAGGCUAGGAGAGCCUAUGAAGUGAUGGUAACGAGCCUGGAACAGACCGGACAGGCAGAGACGGAGCAGGUGUUGAACACUGAAGAGCUCCAGAUCACCAGCCUGGCUGAGGAGGCUGAGCCCAGUCCUGAUGCCACAAACCCAGAGGAACCAGAAUACAUAAAAAUUUGGAAGAAAAUGUUGGAGAAGGAUUACAACCACACAUUUCUGAACUUUGAGGAGCAGCUGAGCUCCAUGCACUUGGAAAGUGAAUGUACUGAAAACGCUGAUGAAGAUGAGAAGAGUUGACAGUGGCAAAGCCUUCCGUGCCUAAAAAAAGAAAAGAAACAAACCCACUCAUGCUGAUUGCCAUUUUAGAAGAAACUAGGAUGGACUUAAUCCCACAUGCAGAGGAAGAGCAAUGCAAGGUGCUCUGCUGCUGCAGUUCUCAACCUGGGGAUUUUGUCAGGAAAUUACAUAUGUGGCUGAUGUCUGCAAUGAAUCAUGAAUUCCUCUCUGUUUGUUUUGAAUAGCUAAAGUCAUAUGUUUUUUGUUUGAGUUGAAAGUAUUUUAAGAGUGUGUGUGGGGGGUUAUAAACUGGAGAGAUUAACCACUCACCGACUAGGACCAAACCAGUCACUUGAAAAGAUCCCACAAUAUGAAUUUUCAAUCAUGUUGUCUAUUAGCACCCCACAAGGAUGGGCAGGCAUUUAUGUACUGAAUGUGUGUCAAAUAUCAACCAGUUAUUUACUACGAAGAAAUGAUCAGUGACGUUUUGACGCCGUUUAAACUUAUGGUGCAUUUUGUUUUUCUCUUCUGGGUUAGGUUCAGUAUGUUUGUGGCAUUUUGCCUUUAUUCGACAGGGACAUUAGAGAGAUGACAGGAAAUGAAGGGGGAGAGAGGAUGGCUAGCAUGCAACAAAAGAUCCCCAGCCAAUAUCGACUGUCAUUGUAUUUGCACGGUCAGUGUCUUUUAUAUGGGCUCAAAUAAGGGCCAAUAAGAUUACAAGCUUGUGAAAUGAUGGUUGUAUAUCACACUUGAGAAAUUGUUUUAAAUUUGUUAAUGCAGAAAAGAUUUGAGGUUGUUGGAGAACUGUCCCCAAACUGUGCAUGCCACUAGUAGGUCCACAUCCACACAAUUUUAGAUUUGUAACUUCAGUGUUGCACACAGUGUGGGAACUUUAAGCUGAGUUUCACACAGUUUUUUGCUUUGAGUUUGCACUUAAAUGUCCACUAAAGCAGCUGAUUAUAUGUAACUUAAUUUUUUUCUCUUUUCUUCUUGAUCUAAUUUGUGCAGAAAUGUAUUUACACAUUCUCAAAAAUAUUUCUAUAACUACAAAUCUUUCCUACACAUUAACAUAACAGUUUUUCAUAGAUUUCCCAAGCUCAGAAUCUUAUUGAACCGUGUUUAAAGCCCACAGUCUCGAAUCCCUAGGCCACCGUGCUACACCUAGGUUCAGUUUAGAGUUAAAAAUUAACCUAUGCUCUGUCUUUGCAUAAGAGAGGAAAUCCUUUUUUGCAUGACAAGUCAGAACUUUGUUUAUUUUAUCCUGAUUGCACUACAUAGUACAGACUGUUUUUUUAUUCGUCUGAGACUACCAAAGUACUACACAUUGUAUGUUGUACUGCCUGUGAUUACAUGUGAAUGGUAGCGUUUGAUUUUCUUGAAAGAGGAAAAACAGCUAAAUGAUGUACAAAAAAAAAAAAGGAAAACAUUACCUGCUGUUAACUUGACUCUGUUAAAAAGUUUAGUGAGUUUUCUGUUUACCUACAUAGUGAUGAAAAAUAAACCAUAAAAUAGCAUAAUGAUAAAACUGGACAAAGUGCUAGGUUUCCAUCACAUGUUAAAACAAAGCAAUAAGUGAUCAAAAUUUAAUUGAAAUGGGCAAAAUUAAUUCAGAAUUCAGAUUUCAGGAAUGAAAUUAAUAUUGUAUAGGAUCUUUUUUUUUUUUUUUUUACACCAAUGAAGAUGUAAAAAAUUACAUUUAUUUUGAAGUAGAAGUUGCUUGGGUUCAUGCAAGGUAAACCUGAUAGGAUACUGAAGUCUUGCUGAAUUAUGUCAAUUCUACAGGGAGGAGGGUUGACAAGAGGCAGUUUUAUAGCAGACAUUUUGAAAAAGCACUAGCAUAACAGCUCUUCAUUUAAUAAUGUCAGUUCCAGGGCUCGGAUAUAUCAUUAACAUUAUUAGCAACACUUUUUCUGUAAAGUCAAGAUGUCUGCUAUAGAAGAAAGUCUAUACACAGUCUUAAGCUGCAUAUGAAUCUUAUAGCAAAGGUUCAACAUUUUUGGAAAGAUUUGUUUAUGCUAAGCUAAGUAGCUCCUGGUUAUAGCUUUACUUGUACAAUACAGAAAGGUGAUAUGUAUUAAUUUUCUCAUCUAAUUCUCCACCUGAAAUCAAAUAAGUGUAUUUCCCAAAAUGUUGAACUAAUCCUUUAAAUGUUCUACUAUAAUGUGGUUCAAUAAAUUCUGUGGUAGUGAGAGACCAAACUGUGAAAUGAUAGGAAUUUAGAACUGGAUGAUGAAAGGCCUAAUAAUGUUGUAUAUUUUUUUGAUUCUGCUUUUGUAAACUGUGUAAUAUGGAGUGUAGACAACUUUCCUUGGUUGAAUGGAGAUGCAAACAAUACAUUAUUUUUUUAAUACAUUAAUAGACAGAUGUUUCAGUGGUCACAUGUUAAAUAGGAAAUUAAAAUCCUUAUGCAAGGAAAUCACUUGCAUAAUGAGGACAAAUGAGUGUGGGUUGUUAAUAUAGAAGAGGAAGAGAGGUGGACCAGGUAUGCUUCCCUGUGGCAUCCCAAAAUCACAGACAGACUGGGAGAGUCUUCAAAAGUACAAAUGUAAAAACUAACCACCUGGGAUCUGUUUAGUUAAAUGUAGAAAAAAAUUAGCAAGAAUUGGAUAUUUUUGUAACAUUUGUCAGUCCACAUUACAGUAAAUAACAGAAUUUUGGUCUGAAUAAAGAAUCUUGGAAAGUAUUUGAGGGAUAUCUAAAAUGUUCAAUUUACUCAAAAAUAUUGUUUAUUUGGUUAAAGAAAAUGAGAAACAUCUUCUAUGAGAUAACUGUUAAAACCAUAUUUAACAAAUAAACCAAAGACAAAAAAAUGUUUACUCUUCAAGCUUCUGUCCUUAAGGUGAUAGAGCAAAAAUAAUCAGUUUAAACUGCACUAUGCAAGUGCCAUUCAAGAUCACAAAAUGACUAACAACAACAUUUUAAUAUGCUAUCGUGGUUUCUAUGAAAAUGACACCUUUGUUAACACAUUUGAAUUGUCUUGUUACUACCCUCCUUAAAUAGAUACAGGAUGAUUGAUUAAUUAUUUUAAACCCCUUAUACAAAGUGAUAGAAAAUCACCUCUGCAGACACUACACAUGAAAUGUCUCAUUCCAAAAGGAUGGAUGUCCUGUCUCAAAGUAAAACUGAAAUGUAAUUUAUUAGAAAUUUCAAACUCAUUCAAAAAUGUAAUCAUUUGUGAUUUUAAAUAAAACAAAUAUGAAAAA